UAUAAAACCAGAGCCACCUCCUGUGCCAUGCUAUGCUACGCUCGGCCGCCGCGCGCACGGCAACGCACUAACCAUCCAUGCCCGUCUCACUCCACUAGCGCGCGCCUUCACAUCUCCACCGAGAAGCAGAGCAUUCGCCGCCAGCACCAUGGCGAGUCCGGCUGCCGUGUCCGCCGUCGCUGUGGCCCUGGCGCUGCUGGUGGCGUCAGCGGACGCGUGGCUGCACGAGGAGUUCGACACGGAGGGCAACGUGCGGGCCGGCUACGACGCGCGGGGGCAGCAGGUGGCGUCGAUCGUCCUCGACCGGCAGUCCGGCGGCGCCUUCCGCUCCCGGCGCAGCUACCUCUACGGCCAGUUCAGCGUCCAGAUCAAGCUCGUCCCCGGCAACUCCGCCGGCACCGUCGCCUCCUUCUACCUGUCGUCGGGCGACGGGCCGAGGCACGACGAGAUCGACAUGGAGUUCAUGGGCAACAGCACCGGUCAACCCGUGGCGCUCAACACCAACGUGUGGGCCAACGGCGACGGCAAGAAGGAGCAGCAGUUCUACCUCUGGUUCGACCCGGCCGCCGACUACCACACCUACACCAUCAUCUGGAACGCCAAGAACGUCAUCUUCAAGGUGGACGACCUCUUCCUCCGCUGCUUCACCCGCCACGCCGACCUGCCGUACCCGGGCGCCAAGCCCAUGGCGGUGCACGCGACGCUCUGGGACGGCAGCUACUGGGCGACGCAGCGGGGCAAGGUGAAGGUGGACUGGACCACCGCGCCCUUCGUCGCCUCCUACCGCGGCUACUCCGCCGACGCCUGCGUGCCCGCCGGCGCCGGCCGCCCGCUCGCCUGCCCCGCCGGCACCGGCCGCUGGAUGCGGCGCCGGCCCAGCGCCGCCGAGCGGGGCACCGUCGCCUGGGCUAAGAAGAAUUACAUGCGCUACAACUACUGCGACGACGGCUGGCGGUUCCCCAAGGGGUUCCCCGCCGAGUGCUCCCGCGGCUGACCGGUGUUUGCUCGACACCAACCUCUGAUCGAUCAUGGAUCAUCGAUGGACAUGACAUAUUCUUGGUUGCCUCUAUCUGCCAUUUCUUGCCUCCGAUGUAUAUGUACAUUUUGGCAUCCAUUGAUCCAUACUCUUCUUGAUGAUCUCGCCCUCUCUGCUUUCUUACUGCCAUAGUGAUUGUUACCGAGACGGAUUAAAGAUAAUAAAGGUGAAUUCUUCAA